CUUAUAAAUGCAGUGGAAAAUAAUUUUAUAAAAACUAAGUACAGUAAUUAAUUUCUUAUUAAUAGGAUGAAUUAAAAAAGAAAUUUAAAGGGAAAGAAGUUGGAAGUCUGGACAAGAUUGAUCAGUGACGGUUGAGGCUGCGGGAUUAAUCGACUGAGGCCGAACCAAAAGGAGUGCUAUAUGGAAGCGCUGAGAGCCUCAUAUGCAGGCGAUUCUUCCGAUUCCGACUCUGAGUCCAAUCCCACUCCUCCACAGCCGUCAGCUUCCGCAUCCAUUACCGAAGAGAUAACAGUGGCCCCUCUGCCUCCACCUCCUAUUGCACUCCUUCACCCGCCCAGCUCUCUUGUCCCUUUGGACUCCUUGUCAAGCAGUCAAGUCAAUCGCGUUCGAAGCUUUCCUCACGUUGAAGGCAAUUAUGCUUUACAUGUCUACAUCCCCGUUCAUGUACCACCUACAACAAGGAAGGAGCUGGCCCGUUUUCUAAAGAAGGUCACAGCACUUGUACCUAGUCUACAUGCUGUUGAUGUCGAUAUACCAUUAAGUGGUUUGUUGAGAGAUGAGACCCUGCUUGAACAAGUGGUGUUGGGUAGAGAGUUUCACAUUAGUUUGGGGAGAACUGUCCCAAUCCGUGUGCAUCAGAUUAAUUCAAUGGUCUACAUGCUACGCCAGAAGCUUCAGUUUCAGAGGAGGUAUUUGAUAGAUUUUAACAAAUGGGAGAUCUUUGUCAAUGAUGAUUCAACUCGCACAUUCAUGUCACUGGAAGUUGUAGCAGGAGGCUUAGCCCAGAUAAGAAAGCAAAUCCAAGCUGUUAAUGAAGUCUACAAACUUCACAAUCUUCCGGAAUUUUACAAGGAUCCACGCCCUCACAUCUCAGUAACUUGGGCAUUGGGAGAUAUCAGGGACACCUUGAAGAGAAUGGUGGAAGAAGAGAUGACGAAAUACAAACUAGUUUCGACUUCAGCCCAGAAGUGUAUAUUCACAAGCAAAUUCAAUGGCAUUUUGUGCAAAAUAGGCAAUAAGACGCAUGAAAUCUGCAAGUUUCAGGAGGAAUAGCCGUCAUUUAUAGAGUGCAGGACAAACGCCUCAAGUUCUCUUGUGAAUUUUGAUGGCAGUAAGUGCUACUAUGCAUCAUCAACCGCAUUCGAAACCCUGCAAAUCACUCUUAUCAUUGACUGCACUUGGAUAUUAUAUCUAACUAAAAAAUCACAUAAAACUGCAGCAAA